AUGCCCGACUGUGACGAACCAGCUCAUUCAGCCAGCAGCUGGGAGGUUUGCCAGCUCCAGGAGCAGCUCCGUACCUUGCGGCUGACUAUCGCACAGCUCCGCUGCGAAAAUGCGGAGCUGAAGAAGGAGAACAAGGCGUUGAAAACAGCCGCAACAUCAUGCCAAGAAGCAACGCCGGAUUCUUCCACUGUCCCGUGCUGCCUCUCGGGGCUCUCUCCAACGGACACCGCCCUGCAGGAGACCGGGAGACACAUCGAGGACAUCUCUUGUCCCAGCAGCUCCAGUUCCGAGCUAUCGGCUGGGGAAGAGACCGACCAAGAGGUCGAGGCUUUCAGUCGUGGUGCAUCGGGGGCUGGGGAGCAGACGGACGCACAGGACAAGGAGACCAGAAAAGACAUGGAGGAUUGGUCCCAAAGUGGCCGCCGUCUGGUGGUUUGUCUUCCCCACGCACAUCGAAGAAGCGGAAGCGUAGCUCCGUGA